ACCACUCUAGCCUGCCAGCCAAGGCUGCCUGGGACCCGUCGUGCCUUCGUCGGAGGUGGCGUCCGCCCUGGCUCUGCUCCCACUCCAUUCUCAGACCCGGAGAGAAAGUGUGCAAAUACCAACGCCUCUCUUUGUCUGCCACCUGCAGAGUCUUCAGGCUUGAGAGUGUGGGCCAGUGGGUAGGGGGCUGGGACGCUGAGACUCAAGGAGAGGAGGAUUUGAGGCUCUUUGGCGCCUCAGGAGCCUUCUUAAAGGGUUUGGAGAAGUGUUCGACCUGAAAUCGAACAUGAAAAUCCUCGUGGCCGUGGCGGUCUUUUUUCUCGUUUCCACUCAACUGUUUGCAGAGGAAAUCGAUGCCAACGAUGAUCUAAAUUAUUGGUCCGACUGGUCCGACAGUGACCAGAUCAAGGAGGCAAUGCCGGAGCCCUUUGAGCAUCUUCUGCAGAGAAUCGCCCGAAGACCCAAGCCUCAGCAGUUCUUUGGAUUAAUGGGCAAGCGGGAUGCUGAUUCCUCAGUUGAAAAACAAGUGGCCCUGUUAAAGGCUCUUUAUGGACAUGGCCAGAUCUCUCACAAAAGGCAUAAAACAGAUUCCUUUGUUGGACUAAUGGGCAAAAGAGCUUUAAAUUCUGUGGCUUAUGAAAGAAGCGCGAUGCAGAACUACGAAAGAAGACGUAAAUAAACCCCUGAACGCACUAUCUAUUCAUCUUCAUCUGUGUCAGUGAGCAGUGAACGGUAAAAUAAAAUGUGCGCUAUGAGGAAUGAUUAUUUAUUUAAUAACACAUGUUGUUGUGAGUGAAAAACUCAAAAAAGAAGUGUUUAUUUUUUCAUAUUGUGCCAAUAAGCCUUGUAAUUCUAAUGUGGUGACCUCCCCAGAAGUAGAAAUUAGUUGUAAUUUCAGCAAAGCACAGUGAUGAAGGAGCUGUCCAAGCUUGGCAGUGACGCAGUCUCCAAAGAAAGGACCCUUCUGUGAGCCAGCGCAGGCAGCUGCUGCUGGAAGCAGAGACUCCUGUGCGUCUCUCUCACGCUACCCCUGGUUCUGCUUUCAUGCUGAUAAUGUACUGAGACUUCGGUAUUUGACUCUAUUUGUAUCCUAGCAGCAUGUUUCCUGUUUCGUGACUAUAUAGAGAUGUUUUGAAAAAGUUUCAAUGUAAUUCUCUGGUCUUCAGUCAUUGUAUGAUGUGUUGUGAUAGCUACCAUUUUAAAUAAAAGAAUGUAUCUUCAGGAA